GAGGGUGGGCGUCCGCAGCCGUCAUGGCAGCUGAGGAGAAGGACCCCCUGAGCUACUUCGCGGCUUACGGGAGCAGCAGCUCCGACUCGUCGGGCGAGGAGAACAGCGAGCCCGAAGACGGGGGUCGCAAGGAGGCGGCCCCGGCCCCGACGACGGGCGGCCGCGGGAAGCAGGCGGAGAAGCGGCUGCCGGGCCCCGACGAGCUGUUCCGCAGUGUGACCCGCCCGGCCUUCCUCUACAACCCGCUCAACAAGCAGAUCGACUGGGAGCGACACGUGGUGAAGGCGCCCGAGGAGCCUCCAAAGGAAUUCAAAGUCUGGAAGUCCACCUAUGUGCCGCCCCCGGAGACCUACAGUACUGAGAAGAAGCCACCGCCGCCGGAGCUGGACAUGGCGAUAAAGUGGUCGAACAUCUAUGAGGACAAUGGUGAUGAUGCCCCCCAGAAUGCUAAGAAAGCCCGGCUUCUGCCCGAAGGGGAGGAAACGGUGGAAUCAGAUGAUGACAGAGAUGAGCGUGCAUCUAAGACGCGAAGAGUAGAGCCAGGAGAAGCAGCCAAGAAGAAGAAGUAGAGGAGUGGGGCCAGAUCUGCCGGGGCUGACGUGUCCUCGGGUGGAGUGUUGGCUGUUGUGCAUUCUUACGAGAAAGUAUUUAUGUUAAUGAACUAACAGUAUCGCCUCAAGACUUUCCACUGUAGAAUUCAUUUUCUUAUUUAAAACCUGUAUGUAUUUACAACUCUAAUGGUGACCUGUGAUUGUGAACUUACAGUACUCGGAAGCAUUCUGGCUAUCACAGAAUUGGUGGCAGGCCUUGAGAGUUUUGUCACAUGGACAUGCCAGUGCUCUUUGAACCUUUUAUAAAGGAAUAUAUUUUUAAAGUAAAUAUAUUGUAAUGUACUGUGAACUUGUGGGUGCUUUUCAUUAGUGUCUGUACAGUGUAAAUAGCUAAUCAUGGAAAUAAAAUAACUUA